CGAGCUCAUCAACUCUUCCUUCUAAUGUCUUGGAGGUGAUCAAAUCCAUCUUCCUCCAGCACUCACUUCUUUAUUUCUCCGCGAACCGUCAGUCAAGAAAAUGGCUACAUUUUGUUUGCUUGUCCAGCUUUUUAUCCUUUUAAGGGCCAGAUUUACACUAGCAGAGUUAAUUAACCCAAUGGACAUUCCUCUCGGACCAUGCGAACCGUACAGCGGUUGUUGGCACUAUUCCAGCCGACCAGAUCAAAUAGGGCCUUGCGGCAUUGACACCUCAACCUGCCCGCCCGACUCGAAAAACUGCGGCAUGUACGAAAGCAGUUGCUACUGCCAACAGAAAACGCAGUUACAGUGCGCAUGGGUUUGCCAAUGGUGGGAUUGGAUGAUCAUCGAGGACUGGCUAUUCAACAAGUGCCCCGACGCUCCUACUAUUGACUUCAACAAAGCACCUGCAUGUGCGCGACGAUGUCUUGAGGAGAAGUCGUUUGACUACGGGUGUUUGACACGGAACACGAACUGCUUUUGCAUCCAUGGUAGCCUCUUCGACUGCCAAAACCAGUGCGCAGAUAAAGACAAACAGGCGUUGAAAAGCUGGCUGGUGGAUACGUGUGGCAUUUCAGAGGCUCGAGCGGAUGCUGGUGUGAUGACGGGCGAUUUUACAGAGGAGAUGCCUCAGCCAAGCGGUACACCGGUUCCAGGAAGGGGGCCAGUCUUCGUUGCAAAGAAGAGAAGGAAGCCCAGAUGGUACGAGAUUAUGGCCUUCACACUGCUCGGGUUGACAUUCCUGGGGGCCAUUGGCUUUAUGAUUUGGAUGAGAUGGACAGAGUGGAAGCGAGCGUCGUAUUCGAGUCUCCCCUCGACGAGAGAUAUUGCCGAGAUACCAGAGCACAUGAAGGGCUGAAGGCGCACCCUGGUUGCUAUCCAUCUAUCCAAAGCAACAGAGAUCAGUCAAGUUUGCACUCAGCAUUUCGUGGAUCAAUAUCCAGAGCUGUGUUGAACUGUGUAGUUUGCCAAUUUCCCCUAGGUUCCUCUUUGACAAUCCUAUGGAUAAUUGUGUUUUCACCUGCCCUCCAAAGUUUGAUGCGGAGCUGCUUUGCCUU